AUGUGGCAGAUCCAAGAUGGUUGGGCCUUAAAUGUUACCAAUCAGGAGACGUCCUGCCGUGCCUUGUUCUCCAAAUCCAAUUUGCCGGUGAAGAAAGUGGCAAGUGGCAUGGUUGCUUCCACGCUUAGAGACAAGUUGCACGAGUCUUUAGCGACCAACUUUGGAACCCAGGCUCCGAAUAUUACGUAUCGUUGA